GAUACCAGGGCUUUUCGAAUGGUCAAGAACUUCAACGUUGAAUCGCCACUCACCGAUUGUCAAAGCGAUGAAAGCAAACUAAUAAAGUGAGAAACAAAAAAUAAGAACACUUAGUUAGAGUUAAAAACUUAGACGAAUGAAAUCAAGCUUAACGGUAUUAAACUUACACGAUUGAUAUAUAUAACUUUUAAAAGAAAACUUCAACUAUGUAACAAACAAGCAACUUUCAAUACAAAUAAUCGAAGUUCGAUAGCUGAAAAGUUGCUCAUUUUGGUAAAGAUGCAGUCCACUUGUCAGCAACAACAGGCCCAGCCAGGUCAGAAUGGAACUUCCGCAAGCAGAACAUCGUUUUUGAUAGAAGACAUCCUGAGUCGUGGAACCGCUCCACCGCAUUCUCAUCAUCAACUUCAUCAUCAGCACCUGACGUCCAGUCACGGAGUACAACAUCAGCAAUACCAACAAUUCGCCAGUUUAUUACCUGGUUAUCCUUCUGCACCGCCUACGGCAACCUUCUUCCUGGGACCACUUUUUGGUAACACGGCGAUGGGGGUUGGCGUGGUACCGGGAGUUACUGAACUUGCGGCCUUGAAGCACUGCCGUCGACGAAAGGCACGAACAGUGUUCAGCGAUCAACAAUUAGCGGGUUUGGAAGCUAGAUUCGAGGUGCAGAGGUACCUGAGUACACCGGAGAGGGUAGAGCUCGCGGCGGCUCUUCACCUCUCGGAGACACAAGUGAAAACGUGGUUUCAAAAUCGGCGGAUGAAGCACAAGAAACAAUUGAGGAAAUUGAACACCAGCGCUGGAAGCAAUGGCAACCAGAAUUCUAAUCAGCAAUGCACCGGUCAAUCCGUUUCCGUUACAUCGCCUGCCGAACGACCGGUGGAUUUCUCUCUGAGCGGCGGGCGAGAAUCACGGGCGAGCAGUGACGCGCCGGUAGACUCCGACGACGAUGAAAUCGACGUUCUAGGUGACGAGACGCCAUCGCCAACGCGAACAGGCAAUAUUCACGUCUCUAGGCGUGCCGGUUCACCGACGAGUUUUCAUCAGAUCACGUAUCGUCAUUCGGUUAGCUUGUCUCAUCAACCCCAACACGGACAAGCUAUUCAACGCCAACAUCGCUGAAACGAAACAGUACAAGGUUGAUAUUGCUCUUUCACACGGGAGAACGUUUAAUCUGAGCUAGUAAAUGCAGACAUUGCAUUCAAGAACGAGAAACCGAGUGAUCGGUCUGAGAAAUUGAAGGAAGAUUUGAGAAGGGAGAACCGAGAGAAAUCACGUGGAUUUUUCUAAACGCUGAAAUCGUUUCUCUCAAGUGCAGUCAAUCGGUUCAAACAACUAUUAGGAAAUCCUUCAGGAAAUACGAAGAUCAGCAGUGCGAUUUCGAAAAAGUUUCCUCAACGACAUUUUCUAUUAAUUGCGAAAUUUCAUUUAUCAGAGCGAAACGUUUUUACAGAUUAUUUUAGACAGUUUGAAUAUUUUCAUUUAAGAAACUAGUCACAAUUACAAGAAGAAUUAUGUUAAGGAAUAUAAUGUAAAAGAGGAUAAAUCGAAGUGACGAAGAUCUGACGAUUCUAAACCAUCUAAAUCUGACAAUGGAUGAUAAAAGUAAUACUGUCUCGCUUAUAGAACAAAAUUGUUAGAAGGAACUCUUCAUUUUGAACCAGUGAUUAAUAGAACAAUGUGAAAGAACGUGAAAGAAAUACGAACGACACUUUCAGUGUUAAGAAUGAAUUUGUGAUUGAAGGAAUAGUGUACAAUGAAAUGGUGUAAUAUAAGAAGAUCGAAAGACUCGAGACGAUGUAGAAAGUGUAAACGACUUGUAAAUGACUCUUUAGCGAUUAGAGUCUGGUCGAUCUCUCGCGACACUUUUUAUAGCGAAAUGCCAUAAUAAAGCUAGUCUGUUUCGAGUCACUUUUUAUAGCGAAGUAGAAAGUUAGCUUGUGAUUCAAGUUGGGAUUAAAAUGUCAUGAUGUAA